GUCCAAUUAAAACUUUGACGGGCCUUAUGAUCCAAAAAGACCAAACAAAAACCCAAACAAAACAAAAACCCUAGGUUUAUAUAAAAUGUCUCCUUGAUCUACUUCAUUCACGACGCCGAAAACUCGAGUGUUUUCUUACUCGCAUUCGUUGCAAUGACGAAGGGAACGGGAAGUUUCGGAAAGAGAAGGAACAAGAGUCACACACUCUGUGUGAGAUGUGGCCGUCGCAGUUUCCACAUCCAGAAGAGCCGUUGCUCCGCCUGUGCCUACCCCGCCGCUCGCAAGAGGACCUACAACUGGAGUGUGAAGGCAAUCCGUAGAAAGACUACAGGAACUGGGAGGAUGAGGUAUCUUCGCAAUGUGCCUCGCAGGUUCAAGACGGGUUUCAGAGAAGGUACCGAAGCAAAGCCAAGGGUCAAGUCAGCAGCGUCUUCGUAAGCUUAAACCGGUGCAUUGAUUAGUCGCGGGAAGAGUUACAACUUUAGUUUUUGGGCUUCUGAGUUUGUUUGGAAGAUUACUUUUUUAUUUUAUUUUAUUGAGCAUCUGAUAACUACUUUGCUUUGGUAUCUUUUCACUUUCUUUUAUAUAAAAUUUUGGACUUGGAUGAAA